UCUGGUUAACAAGUGCGAAAUUAGAAGAGCAUCCAAAACACUCCACAGUGGCCGGUGCGCACUCCACUGUGAGGAGCAUCUUCAUUCGGCACCAAAGAAAAUGGGAACGCCGUACCCGAUGCCCAUCGAUCCAUCCAAGACCAGAAUUGGAUUCAUCGGAAUCGGAGUUAUGGGCGCCGCUAUGGCCUCCCGCCUCAUCUCAGCCGGCUACAACCUCUCUUUCUACGCACGCAACCCAUCCAACCCAAACUCCCUCUCUCUCCAAUCAAAGGGCGCAACCCUCUCCCCUUCCAUCUCCGCCCUCUCCCAAUCCUCCAACAUUCUCUUCACCAUGGUCGGCCACCCCUCCGACGUCCGUUCCCUCUACCUCGACGGCCCUCACUCCAUCAUCUCCUCCCUAAACCCUAACUCCGUCACCGUCGACACCACCAGCUCCCACCCGGACCUCGCCCGCCAGAUCUUCUCCGCCGCACGACAACGCUCGUCCUGGUCCGUCGACGCGCCGGUCUCCGGUGGCGACAUCGGCGCCAGGGACGGAAAACUGGCGAUCUUCGCGGCCGGAGAUCGCGACGUGGUGGAAUGGCUGCAACCGUUGUUCUCGGUGAUGGGAAAAGCAACGUACAUGGGAGGCGCGGGGUGCGGACAGAGCUGCAAGAUCGCGAACCAGAUCACGAUAGGAGGGAACCUGGUUGGGAUAAGUGAGGGUUUGGUGUUCGCGAAGCGCGUGGGGCUGGAUCUGGAGAAGUUCGUUGAGGCGGUUAGGGAAGGUGCGGCGGGGUCGAAGGCGAUGGAGCUUUUCGCUGGGAGGAUGAUUGCGAGAGAUUUCAGGCCAGGUGGUUAUGCUGAGUAUCAGGUUAAGGAUUUGGGAAUGGGUGUGGAUGUCGUUGAAGGUGGUGAUGAUGAAUCUUGUGUUGUGCUUCCUGGUGCUGCCAUCUGUAAGCAGAUUUUUCAGAGUAUGGUUGCUAAUGGUGAUGGUAAGCUUGGUGGUCAGGGUGUUAUAACUGUUAUUGAGAGGAUCAAUGGCAUGUGAUGUUUGUUAGUUAGUUAGUUAAUUAUCAAUGUAAAAUUAUCACUACGACCCUACUCAAUAAGAUUGCAAUAUUGCAUCACGCAUUCACACUCUUAGCAGCUUGCACUAGUUCACGUUCAAAGUUGAAACAAAUGUAUUUGCCAAGACCAAGAGUACAUGAUAGUGUUGCAAUUGAUAGCUA